AUGGUUCCAAACAAAUAUGGCUGCUCACUAUUUCACAGAUCGACUUUAGUAGAAAAAAGUCUUUUGGCUCUUGAUCGUAAUCGAGUGAUAUUUAUUUCUAUUAUAAUAAUAUUUAGAAUGGAGUUAGGAUUAUCUAGUACGUUGUUAGCCGGCGAUCCACGUCUUGUAGAUCAUAUCGUUGGUGAAGUCAAAUCGCAGGGUAUUUUUGAUCAAUUUCGUAAGGAAUGCAUAGCCGAUGUUGACACAAAGCCUGCGUAUCAAAAUCUACGUACAAGAGUGGAGGGGUCUGUUAAUUCAUUUCUUGACAAGCAGUUAUGGAAGCCAGAACUUAAUAAAAAUCAAGUCAGAGAAACAUUGCGUAAGCAUAUACACGAAGCACCAUAUUUAGAUGCUGGAGUUGAACGUAUAGUCGAUCAAGUAGUAAAUCCAAAGGUCUAUUCAGUAUUCAUGCCUCAAAUAGAGGAUGUUGUAUACAAAUUUUUAGGCAUUGAAAGACCCAAAACUAAAGAAAAAUCUAGUAGUUGUGGUCUUAAAGAUCUAUUGCCUAAAGAUUUAGAUCCAGUUUCACCAGAAUCUGACAAAAACAGUUUGAAGGAUGUGUCACUUGAAUCUGUAGAUGCGAUAGAUGAUCUUGAUGUCAAGCAAGACGAAAAAUCUGAACAAUCGUCUGAUGAACAAAAAUUAGAAAUGAUGGAAAAGUAUUCUGAAAGAAAUAAAGAUCCGGUUUCUGAGAAUGGACAUGCCUCUUCUGAAGAAAAAAUAUUGGAUGAAGGGUGUGUAAGUUUCAAUAAGACUGUUAAUAAUAUAAGUUUAAAUAUAUCUGGAAAAUCAGAUGACAAAGCAGAUGAAGAAGAAGAAGAUAGUCCAACUUUUGAGCCAAUUGAUAUUAUGAAUUUAAAUGAGUCAAAUAUAUCUAACGAUUCACAUUUAUCUGGUAUAUCCGAGUUGACGAGUCAUAGAUCUAGAAGUCCUGAUUUCUCCAAUGAGAUAUCGCAGGAUAAUUUUGAUUGCAGCAAUCAAGAUUCACAACUUAGUAAAGUUUCGUCCGAUUCAAGAUUAUCGAUAGUAACUGACUUUGGAUUGUCUAACCACGCUUCUACGCCGAUACAUGAUGGUAUCAAAGAAGAAACUUCCAAAGAUAAGUGUGAAAAUAAAUCCACAAAAGAUAAUUUCAGAGCUCUUAGAGAAUUUGAAUCUUUUAAGAAUAAAAAUAAUAAAAACGUUUUUGAAUCAAAGAAAUGUAAAGAAAGCACAUUUGACUUUAAAGAUGCAAAAGAUACAACAAAAAACAUUAAACUUAAUUUACCAUCCAAGGAAAAUUCUAGCGAUGCAACAGACAAUAGUACAAAGGACAAAUAUGACAGUAAAUUAUAUAAAGAUAAGCAUAAAGAUAGUGAAAAUUCGAAGUCUAAAUCUACAAAAGAAAAAGUAUAUUCCAAGGAUCUAAAAAAUAAGGAGAAAGACAAUGAAAAGAAGAAGCAGAGUAGUCAUAGUAGUUCAAAACACGAUAAACAUAUUAAGGGUAAGGUUAAAGAUAAAUCCAAUCAAAUAAAAGAUGCUGUUGAAAAAAGCAAAGAUAUUGCAGAGAGCGUUAAAGAUAAUGUAAGUAAAAUUAAAGAAGAAAAGAUAAAAGAGGUUGAUAAAAAAGAAACUAGUACCAGUAAGGAAGCAAAAGAUUUGAAAGAUCUUUAUAAAGAAAAAAUUAGAGAACUUAGAGAGAAGAAAGAAUUAACGGAAAAAGAAAAAUUAAAUAAGGAUAAUGUAAAGUCUAACAAAGAAUCUAGGGAUAAAAAAGAUUCAAUUAAAGAUAAAAAGUCUUACAAAAAAGAACAUAGAAGUUCUACUUCAAAAAAUCAUGAUGAAAAAGGUCGUCAUGAAAACAAAGUUAACAAGGUGUCUGACAAAAUGUCAGAUAUUAAAGAGAAAAAAUCCGAAUCUAAAGAAAAGGCAAAACGUGAUGAGCGUGGCUCAAAAGAUUGUAAGGAUAAAAGUAAUGUUAUGAAAACAGAAUCUUCAGGUAAAUCUGAAAAAAGUGAUGUAAAAAAGAUAUCUAAGAAUGGCAAAGAAGAAAAGACAGAAGCAAAAAAAGAUAUUAGAAUUAGCGGUGAUAAGAUUUGUAAGAAGGAUGUACGUACUCAAAUGCAAAGUAAAACAACGGAUCGUAAUGAAAAGUCUGUAGAUAUUAAAAAAGAUUCCAAAAGUGAUGCACAAGCUAAGGACAAAAAGAGAAGAGACGAUAAGAAAUCAAAAGCAAAGGAUGACCAUUCUAGUUUACGGAAAAAUUCUAACGACCGUCGUUCCACCGACAGAGAUGGUUCAAAUGGAUCUAAUAGCAAAAGUUCACAAUCUAGUACUUCUAGCUCAAGUGCUACAACCAGUAAAUCAAGUUCGUCUGGUUUAAAUAAAGAAACCAAUCAUGUCAGUAAUUCAAGCAGUGAGACGUCAGACAGUAUAGGAGAAACACAAAUAAAUAAAAUGAAAUUGCAAUUACAGAAUGAAAAUUAUGAUGAUAUAAAUAAAGAUGAUGUAUAUUUGACCGAUAUCGAAUCGUACUGCAAUCAAAACAACAGUAAUGGAGAUAUUCUGCAAGUAGAAAUGCAGUCAAGUGAAAACAAUUUGCCAUUAAAAAAGAGACCAUUACUCAAUGAAAAUGAUUUACCUUCUUUGAGUGAAGUGAAGAUAAAAAAACCUAAAUUUGCGAAAAACAUACAUGAGGCCAAGAAGCUAAUGAAAAUUAGGAAACAAAUGGAGAAACAAAAGCAAAAGGAUGAUAAAAAAGUCGAAAAAAAAGUGGAGCAAAGGGCCGAGUUAAUAACACGUUCAAAGCCAGUAAACAGUAUGAAUGAUUUCGAGACAGUUCCCGACGAAGAACGUGUACAAAUAAUAGAAAUACCAGAUGAAGAAUACGAAGAACCUUAUCCAGAUCGCCAAAUAAAUUUAACAUUAGAGGAACGUACGAUGAUAUUAUUAGAAGGAGAACUUCGUGGUACUGAUUUAUUACAAAAACAAUCUAAUUUAGCAUCAAAAUUAUCUGAUUUGGAAUUAUGUAUAAAGCAAUCCUUAGAUGAAGCAAUAUGUCAUACAAGAUUAUUUCAAAAUAACAAUAGAACACAACAACAAGAUGCUAUUAGAGAACAUCUAACAAUAAAUGAAACUUGUAAAGAUGAUAUAACUCCAACUAAUAGUAAAGAAAGUUCGAAAACAAAAAAUACUGUUGCAGUAGUGGAGAUAGUAGGAACAAAUUCUGAAACAUUUCUUAAAACCCAAAUUAACUCAACAGAUACUGUCGCUGAAAAUGAUAAUGAAUUGGCAGAUAAAAUAAGUAGAAUUGAUAUGAAUACAAGUAUAGAACACGGUUUAAUGUGGUGCGACAGAAGUGACAAUGUCUUUGAACAAACAAAAUCUCCUAUUAGAGAUAUUGCAGAAUAUAAUGAACUUGAUGAACAACUGUCUGGACAAGCUAAUGCACAGUCUUCCAAGAAUGAAUUUUUACCAAAAGUUAAUGAUGAUCAUGAAGAUUGCAGAUACUUCAAACUUGAUAAUGAAGAAUCUAAUAAAUUUUCUAGUUUUUUACACUCAUUAGUAAUGGUGGAAGGUAAUACUCUAGAAGAUAUGAUAGAAAGUUUAGGUGGUCAAGUAGUGUCGUCAGGUUCUAAAACUAUGGCACCACCAAUGACAAAAAGAAAACAUUCAGGAAGUCCUUUAACAGACAUACUGUUCAAUAACUCAAAUAAUAAUAAUAAUGGUCAUAAAACAGUUACGCCAAAUGAUAAUUCUUUAAGCAAUAUGAAAAAAAGAAAAAUGAUUCCUUCAAAGAAGCAAAGACUUCAUGCAAAUCCUUGUGUUUCACAAAGUCUCCUAAAUGGAGAAAAUUUCGUAAUGCCUUUAAGUCCGGAAAGUGAUGUGUCAGCAACAAGUGAAAAAAUUCCAUCAUCUAAUAUAAUGAAAGAAGAAAAAAGUCGGCAUAGAAGCAGUCAACGAUAUUCAAGCGAUGACUUGUAUAAACCACGUCCAUUGUUUUCAAGUUCUUCUCGUCGAAGUAGAAGAUCUAAUCAAGUGUAGCUAGCAACUCAUGGCUUCAGAUGUUGAAUCAUAUUGUACUCUGUAUAAUACAGAAUUGAAACAUUUUAUUUUUCUAAUAUCAUCUUAAUGUAUUUAAAAUAUGAAAUGAUGUCUUAUAAUCUAAUUAGCUGAUUUGGCCAGUUAAUGUAGAUGAUAUUGUGUACAAAAUUAUGAGUUUUAUUUUUAAAUUAUGUUAUUAUGUAUAAUUAUUGUUAAUUAUAAUCUAUAUCAGAUAAUUUUUAAUGAAAACAAACACUGAAGCCGUAGAUAUACUUUAGACUGUUGUUCCUUAGAACUAUGUAUUUAUUGUACAAUAAGUAUAAUUGCUUUUAAUAUAGAUUUAUUUAAUAAUUUGAUAUAAAGAGGUUGAAUAACACAAUUGCACGAAUAAUAACCAUUAAUUAACUUGAGCUAUGUAGAAACAGAAAUGUAUAUUUUUCAAUAUUUGCAUAUCUGAAGGAAAAUGCUCAAAAUUUAUAUGACAAAUUUAUAUGCUUAUUGCAUUAUGUAUACAUUUGUAUAAAGUAAUUUUAUUUAAAGCAAUAUAAGAAAAAAUCGAUUGAUAAACUACCAUAUGCUUUGAAAGAGAUAACUGAAGAAAAAUUUAUCAUGUAUUAUUUUUUUUACAAUAUAAAGACGGUUGUUUCUUUUAUAUAUUUAAAAUGAGUGAAUUAUAUAUAAUACUAUAGAUGAAUAAGAGUACAAUGUAUUUUACUUAUCAUUAUAUUUAAUCCUAAUAAAACUAAGCAAUGUUAUUUUACUAAUUGUACAACAAAAUGUAGUAAUAAUAUAAGUUGUCAGAGAGCAAAAUAAUACUAGAUGCGAAGCGAUACCUUUUUUAUCAAGUUAUUAAAAUAUAUAAUAUAUGAUUUUUAAGAUUCACUGUGAUAAAUUGAUAGUAAGUUGAAACAUUAGUAACAGUGAACCACAUGAUGUUUAAAUGCCAUAUUUUGCAGAGUUGUGUACUUUUUCCACGAUAACUGUAUUAUUAAUUCUGUAUAUUCAUACAUUGUACAAAUACUAUGUGUAUAUAUAUAUAUAUAUAU